AUGGUCUUUUAUCACAGAGACACAUCUGUGAAAGUACUUAGUGUAUCUUUAUUCUCUCUCUGUUAUAGUUCAGUUCACCAGAAGAAAUCAGAUCCAGAGCCCAGCUGUGUGUCUAUGAAGAGUGAUAAAUCUAUGCAUCAUCCAUUUAAUUUUAAGAAUGAAGACACAAGGUUAAUCCUGCAACACAGAUCAGAUGUCAGAAAACCUGUCUGUGAGAAAUAUGACCAGCCUAUGAAUCAACCACAAGACAGCACGUAUCCUGAUGUAAGCCAUGAAGUCCUCAACAUAUUUAGAUCAAAUAUGAUGAAGAAGUUUGGGCGUCUGUACGAGGGAACCGCGACGCAGAAAAACCCAACACUCCUGAAUGAUAUCUACACAGAGCUCUACAUCACAGAGAGCGAGAGUGGAGAGAUCAGUAAUGAGCAUGAGGUGAGACAGAUUGAGACACCAUCCAGGAGCGCAGCAGCAGCAGAGGACACAGCCAUCAAAUGCAAUGACAUCUUUAGACCUUUACCUGGACAAGACAAAGCCAUCAGAACUGUUCUGACAAAGGGAGUCACUGGCAUUGGAAAAACAGUCUCUGUGCAGAAGUUCAUCCUGGACUGGGCUGAAGGGAAAGAGAAUCAGGAUGUCCAGCUCAUUUUUCCACUUUCUUUCAGAGAAAUCAACUUGAUGAAGGAAAAAAAAAAACUCAGUCUUUCAGAUCUUCUCCAUGUCGUUUUCCCUGAAACUAAAGAAAUUGAGAUAUCCAAUGAUGAAUAUAAAGUGUUGUUCAUCUUUGAUGGUCUGGAUGAGUGUCGUCUGUCUCUGGACUUUAAGAGCAAAGUGAAACUGUGUAAUAUAUCUGAAUCAGCCUCAGUGGACGAGCUGCUGAUGAACCUCAUUGUGGGGAAUCUGCUUCCCUCUGCUCUCAUCUGGAUCACCUCCAGACCAGCAGCAGCUGAUCUCGUCCCCUCUGAGUGUGUCCAGCGAGUGACAGAGGUACGAGGCUUCAAUGAGCCACAGAAGGAGGAAUACUUCAGGAAGAGAAUCAGUGAUCAGAGUCUGGCCAAUACAAUCAUCUCACACCUGAAGUCAUCAAGGAGCCUCUACAUCAUGUGCCACAUCCCAGUGUUCUGCUGGAUCUCAGCCGCUGUUCUGGGGAAGAUAUUGUGUCGAGCAGAGAGUGGAGAGAUUCCCAAGACUCUCACUCAAAUGUACACACACUUCCUGAUCCUUCAGACCGACAUCAAACAUGAGAAGGACUAUGAGAAGAAUGUGACAGAUGAAGACAUGAUCCUCAAACUGGGGAAAGUGGGCUUUCAGCAGCUUGUGAAAGGAAACCUGAUCUUCUAUGAGGAAGACCUGAGAGAGUGUGGCAUCGAUGUGACAGAAGCAUCAGUGUACUCAGGAUUGUGCACUCAGAUCUUCAGAGAGGAGUUUGGCUUUUAUCAGGGGAAAGUCUUCUGCUUUGUUCAUCUGAGCAUUCAGGAACAUCUAGCAGCUCUAUACGUGCACCUCUCCUGUACAAACCAUAACAGAAAUGUGUUUGACCAAAGCACCAAACAGAGUUUGCGGUCUAAAAUGAAGAACUUGUUUCAACUCAAUUCAUCAAAACAUGUUUCAUUUUCUGAGCUGCAUCAAAGAGCUGUGGAUGUGGCUCUACGGAGAAAAAAUGGACAUCUUGAUCUUUUCCUGCGGUUCCUUCUGGGUUUGUCAGUGGAGUCUCAUCAGAUUCUCCUACAGCGAAUAAUGACACUGAAAAGAAGCAGCUCUGACAGCAAUGAGAAAACAGUUGAGUACAUCAAGAAGAAGAUCAGGACCAUUGACUCUCCAGAGAAAUCCAUCAAUCUGUUCCACUGUCUGAAUGAACUGGGUGAUCGUUCACUAGUGGAGGAAAUACAACAGUAUCUGAAAUCUGGAACAAUUAAGGAAGCCAAACUCUCUUCAUCUCAGUGGUCAGCUGUAGUUUUUGUGUUGUUGACAUCAGAAGAGAAACUGAAUGAGUUUCGUCUUGAUAAAUUUGUUAAAGGAAUGAAUAAUUCUGAAAAUAUCAAAGUUCUUCAGAAGUUGCUGCCUGUGAUUAAAGAAUCCAGAUCCGUUCAGUUGAUUUAUUGUGGCGUCACAGAUGAAGGUUGUGCUGCUCUGGCUUCAGCUCUGAGAUUAAACCCCUCACACCUGAGAGAACUGGAUCUGUCUGAGAAUAAACUAGGAGAUUCAGUGAAGCUGCUUUCUGAUGUACUACAGAAUCCUCACUGUAAACUGGAGAAACUGAGGUUGAUUUAUUGUGGCAUCACAUAUGAAGGUUGUGCUGCUCUGGCUUCAGCUCUGAGAUCAAACCCCACACACCUGAGACAUCUGGAUCUGUCGUGGAAUAAACUAGGAGAUUCAGUAAAGCUGCUUUCUGAUGUAAUACAGAGUCCUCACUGUAAACUGAAGAAAUUGAGGUUGUAUAAUUGUGGCGUCACAGAUGAAGGUUGUGCUGCUUUGGCUUCAGCUCUGAGUUCAAACCCCUCACACCUGAGAGAAUUGAGUCUGACAUGGAACGAACUAGGAGAUUCAGUGAAGCUGCUUUCUGAUGUACUACAGAAUCCUCACUGUAAACUGGAGAAACUGUGGUUGAGAGAUUGUGGAGUCACAGAUGAAGGUUGUGCUGCUCUGGCUUCAGCUCUGAGAUCAAACCCCUCACACCUGAGAGAACUGGAUCUGUCUGAGAAUGAACUAGGAGAUUCUGGAGUGAAGUUACUCUCUGAUCUGAAGGAUGAUCCACAUUCUAAACUGCAGACAUUAUACUAUCGACUCUCAGUAUUUAGACGUCAGUCCAGUUUCUUCAAGAUCAGCUGAUGGUGAAUAAGGAGCCGCUACAGAGACGUCACAGUCACACAAUCAACACAGACACACAGCAUCACACUGUCAUUAUUUCCUUUUAUACUGACCUAUGAAAAUUAGUUACUGAAACGUGAAGAGAAUUAGCUCACCAUUGCAACAGUGUAUGAUUUAUCAGUUUUCUUCAAGACAUCUCAGGUAUUUUUUAUAAGGAUAAUGUAUAGUUAUAAUGCAGUGCUAAUCGACAUAGCCUUUAUGUAUUGAAUACUGUAAAUAAUAUAUUUUCUGCUUCAUUCUGUGAUUAGAAGCCACAACAGUUCACAGAAGGAAGUUAUUUCAAACACUCAGUUGGUGCUAUAACGAGAGUUUGCAGUAAAAUGUUAUUCUCAUAUGUUGUACUGAUCGAGUAUCUCAUGCGGAUACUGAUCAAUUCUUGAAGGCAAUAUAUAUGUAUCCUUUGCUGCCUGUGAUAUUUCACAUUCAUGUGCAUAGUGAUGGGAGAUAUUAAACUUUUGAAACUUUCAACCAAUUUCAAACAAUUGCUUCUCAAAAUGAUUCACUUGAAGUAGUAAUAAAACCUCCAAGCCUUUGUGAAUCAAUUGUUUGGAAACAGUGGUUCACAGCAUGUAUCAAACUGCCUUCUUGGUCUUAAAAGGUCUUUGAAAGUUCUUAAUUUUACUUUCAUAAAAUCUACAGAAACCCUGUAUAUAAUUCAACAUUAUUUAGUAAAGAAAUUGGGAAUAAAUGAGUUUCAUUUGUACAAAUGUAGAUGCUGUAAAUAUGUAAAUAAAUUACUUUUAAUGCACUGUGCUAAUGUAAAUAUGUAUAGUACACAGCAUAAAUGAGUACAUCCCCUCUGUACAUAAGGAUCUAGUAUUUACAUUUCUGAUCACAAUUACUGUUAUGAGAAUUACAAAUGUAUGUGUAUGAUGAUAACAAUUUAGUGGCUUCUUACAGCCUUCCCUAUUACUAUUAGUCACCAUUCAUUUCCUUUAUUUUCAGUCACAUUGAGAAUGUGUAUGAGUGAAGAAAUGUAUGUAGCCGCCUCCUUUUUCUAUAACUUGUAUUCCUAGCCUUAUUCCUGUUUUCUUUUUUCAAGGUUUCAUUAUAUGAAGUCAGCAAUAGCGGGACACUUUUUUGGUAUUAAAUACAAAUAAAUCCAUACCAACACUAUUUACCUUUUUAGGUAAACUGGGACACAUUUUUAUCAAGUUUGUGCAUUGAUAAUAAAAUUUAAAAAGACAAAAACAAAGAAUUUAAUCAAUUCAACAGAAGUACAAUGUAUUAUGUGUAGUAUAAAAAUGCCAUGAUUUCAUCUAUGUGUUUUGUUUGUGUGUGUACUUUAAGUGUUUGUAUCCAACAGUCCACUUAAGUGUUUGUGUGUGUGUGUAACACAAAUUUUUGGUUCUAGUAAGAAAUCUACCUACUGCAUUUUGGACCAUUUGGAGUUUAUUUAUUAAUCGCGCAGAGCAACUAGCCAAUAAAGCAUUAAAAAUAUUUAACCUUGAGGUCAUGAACAUAAAUUAAUGUUUCUGCGUUUGACAUUAAGAUCAUGGGUAGUAAUUUAGAUUAUUUUCUAGAUGGAAAAAUGUGAUUUUACAAAUGUUAGAAACGUGUCUUUCGAAAUUGCUAUCAAA